GUUCUGAAUGGCAAAAGGCCAGUCUCAUAGUACGGGAGACACUCUGGAAAUGAGGGGACCGUAGAGGACCGGAGAGACCAGCGCACUCGUCCGCUCAUCCUUUCCUCCAUCCCUUCACCGUUUCAUCCGUCCAUCCUCUCCUUCCUUCCAGCUGCCGGUAGAGCAUGCAGAAUAUAAGACAAGCAGCCACGGACGCCUUCAGCCGGCUGGGUCUGAAGCAGAAGCACCUGGGAUAUGAAGAGUUGGCUGAUGGGGGGUAUGGCGACACUCCUCAGCCCCACUGGUUCCACACGCUGCAGGUGAGAAGGCUGAGGGUCCACAGGGGACGCAGCAACAGCGACCCACUCGGAGGCAAGAGCUUCCAGCAGGAGUUCCAAUGGAACACCGGUCUCCAGUUUGGCACGGCCACCUCCUACCUGAACCUGGAGAAGCUGGGGGAGGGCACCUACGCUACCGUCUACAAGGGGAUCAGCAGGAUAAAUGGGCACUUGGUGGCUCUGAAAGUGAUCCGUAUGAAAACAGAAGAGGGAGUCCCUUUCACCGCCAUCAGAGAAGCUUCCCUGCUGAAAGGACUGAAGCACGCCAACAUAGUUUUACUCCACGACAUCAUCCACACGCGAGAGUCACUCACAUUCGUCUUUGAGUAUGUGCAAACAGAUUUGGCCCAGUACAUGACGCAGCACCCGGGAGGCCUGAACCCGUAUAACGUGAGGAUCUUCAUGUUCCAGCUGCUACGGGGUCUGUCCUAUAUCCACGGCCACCGGAUACUACACAGAGACCUCAAGCCACAGAACCUGCUCAUCAGCUACCUGGGGGAACUCAAACUGGCAGACUUCGGCCUGGCACGUUCGAAGUCCAUCCCGUGUCAGACGUAUUCCGCAGAGGUCGUGACCUUGUGGUACCGCCCCCCAGACGUCCUGCUGGGCUCUACGGACUACUCAACAGCACUGGACAUGUGGGGUGCUGGGUGCAUUUUCAUCGAGAUGCUGCAGGGGGCGCCAGCAUUUCCUGGAGUGGCCGAUGUCUUUGAGCAGCUCCAGAAGAUCUGGGCAGUUCUGGGUGUGCCUACAGAGGAGACCUGGCCAGGGGUGAGCCAGCUGCCCAACUAUAAACCAGAAUGGUUUCUGCCCUGCAAGCCCAGGCAAUUCCGAGAUGUUUGGAAAAGGUUAUCGCAGCUGCCCUUUAAGACUGAGGACCUGGCCAUGCAGCUGCUACUUGCUAUCCCCAGAGACCGCAUCUCCGCCCCACACGCACUGAAGCACGCCUACUUUAACACACUACCUGCACCACUCAUGCAGCUCCGAGACACGGUGUCCGUGUUCAAGGUGCCUGGUGUGAGACUGGAGGCGGAGCCCAGAGACAUCUUCAGCCCCACCAGACGCCUCAAGACCUCACUAGUACCACUGGCCAAGUGCUGGUGA